UUGCCCGCAACCCCUAACCUGGAUCCGACCCGAGCGCUGGGCACCCCUCCGCCUUCCGGCUGCAUCCCCACCCGUUCGGCAGGAUGUCGGUGAAGGAGGGCGCACAGCGCAAGUGGGCGGCGCUGAAGGAGAAGCUGGGGCCACAGGACACGGACCCCACGGAGGCCAACUUGGAGAGCGCGGACCCCGAGCUAUGUGCGCGGCUGCUGCAGGUGCCUUCUGUGGUCAACUACUCCGGGCUGCGCAAGCGGCUGGAGAGCAGCGAUGGCAGCUGGAUGGUGCAGUUCCUGGAGCACAGCGGCCUGGACCUACUGCUCGAGGCGCUGGCGCGGCUGUCAGGCCGUGGGGUGGCGCGCAUUGCUGAUGCCCUGCUGCAGCUCACCUGUGUCAGCUGCGUGCGCGCCGUCAUGAACUCACCACAGGGCAUGGAGUACAUCCUGGGCAACCCAGCCUAUGCCCGCCAGCUCUCUCGCGCCCUGGACACAUCUAACGUGAUGGUCAAGAAGCAGGUGUUUGAGCUGCUGGCUGCCCUCUGCAUCUACUCCCCCGAGGGUCAUGCUCUGACCUUGGACGCCCUGGACCAUUACAAGAGCACGUGCAGCCAGCAGUACCGCUUUAGUGUCAUCAUGAGCGAGCUCUCCGACAGCGACAACGUGCCCUACGUCGUCACACUGCUCAGUGUGAUCAACGCCAUCAUCCUGGGUCCAGAGGACCUUCGCACCCGUGCCCAGCUGCGGAGCGAGUUUGUCGGGCUGCAGCUGCUGGACAUCCUGACCCGGCUACGAGACCUGGAGGACCCCGAUCUGCUGAUCCAGCUUGAGGCCUUUGAGGAGGCCAAGGCUGAGGACGAGGAGGAGCUGCUGCGUGUGUCCGGAGGAGUUGACAUGAACAGUCACCAGGAGGUCUUCGCCUCCCUAUUCCACAAGGUGAGCUGCUCGCCAGUAUCUGCCCAGCUGCUGUCCGUGCUGCAGGGCCUCCUGUACCUGGAGCCCACCCGCCGCUCCAGCCAGCUACUCUGGGAGGCCUUGGAGAGCCUGGUGAACCGGGCUGUGCUCCUGGCCAGUGAUGCCCAAGACUGUACCCUGGAGGAGGUGGUUGAGCGGCUCCUGUCUGUCAAGGGGCGGCCCCGACCAAGCCCCCUGGACAAGGCCCACAAGAGUAUCCAGGCCAACCUAGGCCAGAGCCAGAGGGGCAGCUCCCCUGAGAACAGCACUGCCCCCAAGGCCAGUGUGGAGGGCCAUCAGCCAGCAGUGGCCCAUACCUGCCAGCACGUGGGCAGUGUCCAGAGCACGAGUGGUGGGACAGCCUCACAGCUGAAAGCGCUGGAACAGCAGGCACCCACCCCACCCCCACCUGCACCCCCUCUUCCCAGCUCCAUGCCAGAGCCUCCUCCUUCCCCUCUCCAUUUACCAUGCCUGGAGGCCACAUCCCCUCCAGUGCCCCCUCCACCACCACCCCUGCCAAGCCUGGGGGCUAUGUCCCUACCACCACCCCCACCUCCACCCCCUCUUCCAAGUGUGGGGGUCACAUCCCCACCACCACCACCACCCCUGCCAGGCUUCCAUGAGAUCUUGCCCUCACCACCUCCACCACUGCCAGGCAUGGGGUGUCCACCUCCACCCCCACUGCCUGGAAUGGGCUGGGGACCCCCUCCGCCUCCACCCCUGCCCGGCCCCCCUGCCUUCGGCAAUGUGGAGGAGGUUAUUGUGGCCCAGGUGGACCACAGCCUGGGCUCAGCCUGGGUCCCCAGCCACAGGCGGGUCAACCCACCCACGCUACGCAUGAAAAAACUGAACUGGCAGAAGCUGCCGUCCAAUGUGGCACGUGAGCGCAACUCCAUGUGGGCCACGCUUAGCGGUCACAGUGCUGAGGCGGUGGAGCCGGACUUCUCCAGCAUCGAGCGUCUCUUCUCCCUCCCUGUGGCCAAGCCCAAGGAGCCCACUGUAGCCUCUGCCCCAGCCAGGAAGGAGCCCAAAGAGAUUACAUUCCUUGACUCCAAGAAGAGCCUGAACCUCAACAUCUUCCUGAAGCAGUUUAAAUGUUCCAAUGAGGAAAUUACCACCAUGAUUCAGGCCGGGGACACCACCAAGUUUGAUGUGGAGGUUCUCAAACAGCUCUUCAAGCUCCUUCCAGAGAAGCAUGAGAUUGAAAAUCUGCGAGCGUUCACAGAAGAGCGGGCCAGGCUGGCCAACGCUGACCAGUUCUACCUCCUCCUGCUGGACAUCCCUUGCUACCAGCUGCGGGUUGAAUGCAUGCUGCUCUGCGAGGGCUCAGCUGUUGUGCUGGACACGGUGCGGCCCCGGGCCCAACUAGUGCUCGCCGCCUGCAAGAGCCUGCUCACCAGCCACCAGCUGCCUGUCUUCUGCCAACUGAUCCUGAAAAUUGGGAACUUCCUCAACUACGGCAGCCACACGGGUAACGCUGAUGGCUUCAAGAUUAGCACGUUGCUGAAGCUCACGGAGACCAAGUCCCAGCAGAACCGCGUGACGCUGCUGCACCACGUGCUGGAGGAAGUGGAAAAGAGCUACCCGGACCUCCUACAGCUGCCCCAGGACCUGGAGCAACCCUCCCAGGCAGCAGGGAUCAACCUAGAGACCAUCCGCUCAGAGGCCAGCUCCAACCUGAAGAAGCUUCUGGAGACAGAGCAGAAGGUGUCAGCCUCAGUGCCCGAGGUGCAGGAGCAGUAUGCCAAGAAGCUCCAGGCCAGCAUCGUGGCCUCCCGGGAGCUGGAUGAGCUUUUCAAGGCCAUUGAGCAGAAGCGGCAGGAGCUGGCCGACUACCUAUGUGAGGAAGCCCAGCAGCUGUCCCUGGAAGACACAUUCAGCACCAUGAAGACCUUCCGGGACCUCUUCAUCCGUGCCCUGAAGGAGAACAAGGAGCGGAAGGACCAGGCGGCCAGGGCAGAGCGGAGGAAGCAGCAGCUGGCUGAAGAAGAGGCACGCAGGCCGCAGGGCGAGGCCGGAAAGCUGGGCAGGAAGGGGCCUGGGAAGCAGGAGGAAGUGUGUGUCAUCGAUGCCCUGCUGGCUGACAUUCGGAAGGGCUUCCAGCUUCGGAAGACAGCCCGCGGCCGCAUGGACACUGAUGGGGGCAACAAGGCAACCACACCGGACCCCCUGAGGGUCACAGAGCCUGCAGCCAGCAGAGACCCUGCAGGAGGCCCCAGGGACAGUACCUGCUGCUCCCUCUCUCAACCAGGCCUUGAUGCUGCAGCCACCAGCAAGCCCCAGAGUUGGGACCUUGUAGACGCUAUGACUUCCAGCCCACAGCCCACUCAGGAGCCAUCAGAGGAGGGUAGUCCCAGGCCCCUGGAGAGGCGUUCUUCCUGGUACGAGGACGCCAGUGAUUUCCUAGCUCCUCAGGACACACAGUGCCCCCUGACCUCUGAGGGGGCCUGGCCAGUGACUCUGGGCAAUGCUCAAGCCCUGAAGCACCUCAAGUUCUCAAGCAACGACCAGCCUCCUAAGGCUCAAGGUUCCAGCCAUGACACCAAGGGCACGACAUCCUCAGGCAGCAUCCACCAGGCUGCAGCCGACAGCACAAGCCAGGGGCUGGAGGACACAGGGAUCCAUGGCCACAGUGCUGGCCUCCCUGCUACAAGCCUUGGUGGGGACGCAGAUGAGGAGGACACGGCCCCAGAGUCUGCUCUAGACACGUCCCUGGACAGGUCCUUCUCUGAGGACGCAGUGACUGAUUCCUCAGGGUCUGGCACCCUCCCCAGGGCCUGGGGUCGGUCCACAAAGGGGCCAGGCAGGCGAAGAAAGAAGCGUCCCACAAGGAGCCAGGAAGGCCUCAGGCCCAAGCCCAAAGCCAAGUGAGGGAGCCCUCAGGCCAACCUGGGCACAACAGGGGCUGUCAACGUGCUGCUGUGGGAGGCCCUGCCAGGGGCCAGGCUGGGACUAGGCCCCUGGGAAACAAAACACCGUGCCUUA